CCGCUCCGCCCUGCUCACCAACGAAUCCCCAAUCCCCCAAAUCACCACCAAUCCUCUCGAGUUCGAGCUCACCGCCUCCGAGGGAAGCCAUGUCGGGCCGCGGCAAGGGAGGCAAGGGUCUGGGCAAGGGCGGCGCGAAGCGGCACCGCAAGGUCCUCCGCGACAACAUCCAGGGAAUCACCAAGCCGGCGAUCCGGAGGCUGGCGCGCAGGGGCGGCGUGAAGCGCAUCUCCGGGCUGAUCUACGAGGAGACCCGCGGCGUGCUCAAGAUCUUUCUCGAGAACGUCAUCCGUGACGCCGUCACCUACACGGAGCACGCCCGCCGCAAGACCGUCACCGCCAUGGACGUCGUCUACGCGCUCAAGCGCCAGGGGCGCACCCUCUACGGCUUCGGCGGCUGAGCUCUGCCUCCCCUGUCUGGUGGCGUGCCGGGAGCUUUGGGUCGAAGCUGGUUGAUGGUUUUAGGGUUAGCAAUGUUGUGGAGGCUUUUGUUGUCAUAGUGGCUGUUUCGUGCAAAGUUCUGUUCUGUGAUGUGAAAUGGAAUUCGAAGCGUAUGAAUGAAAUCGAUCUUGGACAUCUCUGUUGCAUCA